AUGGGUAUCUUCAUUCCUCAUUCCAAGCUGGAAAAUUUAAAGGCAUAUAAAUAUCAGAGCGAAGAUCGGUCUUUGGUAACUAAAUAUGUUUUGAAGCCAUUCUGGGUUCAGUUUGUGAAGCUCUUCCCCUUGUGGAUGGCUCCUAAUAUGGUUACUCUGUCAGGUUUGGGUUUCAUCAUUGUGAAUGUUCUGACAGUUCUCUACUAUGACCCCAUGCUAUCUGUGGAGUCCCCCAGAUGGACUUACUUUACGUAUGCUCUUGGACUAUUUUUGUAUCAGACGUUUGAUGCAUGUGAUGGCCAGCACGCGAGAAGGACGGGUCAAAGCGGCCCAUUGGGCGAGCUAUUUGACCAUUGCAUAGACUCUUUGAACACGACUCUCUCGAUGAUGGUAUUUUGCUCUGCUGUAGGAUCGGGUAUGAAAUUCAUGACUAUUUUGUCGCAGUUCGCAUUGUUGUGCAACUUUUAUCUGAGCACUUGGGAGGAGUACCAUACCCACACAUUGUUUUUGAGCGAGUUUUCUGGACCUGUGGAAGGGAUCUUGAUGAUUGUAAUCGCUUUUAUCCUUACCGGCAUCUUUGGACCUCAGGCAUUGUGGCAUAAGCUAUUAUGGGAAUAUAGUUUUGGGGGGAGUCUAUUCAGAAUCGAAAGCUUACAUGUAGUAUAUGCAUUUUGCAGCGUUGGUCUCGUCUUCAACAUCCUGUCUUCAAGAAGAAACGUUGUCGAGCACUACAAAAGUACUAGCAGGAGCAGCAGUGAGGCGAAAUCCCAUAUCGACACCGCUACUCGUGGUCUCUUGCCCUUUUUCAGCUACUUCGCCAGCGUUUUUGUUUUGGCUACUGUCGAUCCGCAAAUUAUCUCUCUGCCCUUCAUCUUGUCUGUGGGUUUGACGAUAGCAUUUACCGUGGGAAGGAUUAUCGUUUCUCAUUUGACAUUGCAGACAUUCCCCAUGAUCAACCCACCAAUGUUGAUACCAGUGUUGCAGUUCUUCAUAAAAAUUUUGCUGGUGCGCGUUUUGAAUUACGACAGGGCUAUCGUAUUGCCGGCUUUGAACUGGUUCGGAUUUGGGCUAACUUUGGGCAUCCACGGCAUGUUUGUCACAGAAGUCAUCUACGAGUUCACGUCUUUCCUUGACAUUUACGCGUUAUCCAUAAAGCAUCCCAAAAAGUCUGCCUAG